CCCGCUUCUAAUUAAAAUCUAAAUAAACAUAAUAUAAGACGGUGCCCAAUUUGCAGCGCCUGCCGUAAACCACAUCUCAGUUUCAUUUUGUUACUAAACAGAGCCAAGUUCUUUCAGAAACGCAGAAUCUCUUCCAAGAACCAUGAAUAAGAUGAAUUUUUGUAAAUUAAGGAGAACUAGGUUUGACGAACUUGUGAACCACUUCCGACAAUUUUAUUAUAAACCCUUGGAACAACAUGCAAAGACAACUAGCUCAGGUUUAAAACAGCUUAACUGGACAGAUCCAAGUGAUGGCGUUUAUCCACUUAAUAAAUCAUUUCCUUUGCGUGGUAACAUUGGUCUCUCAGAGUCUUAUUUAAACAAGUCUGGUAAUGCCGAAGCUGCUACUAUUACUACUACUACUACCACUCCAGCCCCCAUGACAAAUGUUUCAAGUAUCCCUCGAACCGUUAUAAUGGAAUACGAGUAUCUGAAACAAGACACUGGGUGUACUGCUGAUUUCCAAGACAGUGACAUUUUAGAAUGUAUCGUUCAGUCAUGUCCGGAAACAUUGAAAAAUUUAUUUAAUCCACUUUUCCAUGACCGGGACAUUAUGAACGAUAUCUUCACCGUCAUUACGAUCAGCCAAAAGACAGAAAAUGAUAUGGCAACGUUUAAUAGUACUGUCAAGAAGGAACGAGAAGGUCUCCAUAAAAGUUUCAUGGAAGGAGCUAAAAUAAUUUCCAAUUCUCUGAAGGAAGUUGGCUUUUGGGCUGACUACCUCGAUACAUCAACUGGAAAACUCUUUGGGUCCCCGCAUCCACAUGAGGUCAUGUUGGAGACUGACGAACGGUAUCGGUAUCUGGGAUUUGACAUUGAAGACAUAAUCUGCUGUUAUGUGAUCUCCCAUCAUAAGUGGGGUACACACUCAUACGUUGGGUGUCUUUUCACCAACCUCCCGCCUGACCACCCAGUCUUAAAAACCAUGGAACACAAGACAAUGACAGGCAAAACUCGCUCUUAAAACAAGUUUCUGCUAACAGUUAUUAUUAUUAUUAUUAUUAUUAUUAUUCUGAAGGUGGCAGGUUGACAGAAUGGUCAGCAUGAUAGAUAAAAUGCUUAGUGACAUUUAAUCCGUCUUUACAUCCUGGGUUCAAAUACCACUGAGGUUGACUUUCAUCCUUUCAGGGGUAGAUAAAAUAAGUACCAGUUGAGCACUGGUGGGGGUCAAUGUAAUCAACUACUGUUCCCGCUUUUCAAGAUUUCUGACCUUGUGCCCUCAAUUCAAAACCAUAAUUGUUAAAUAUCUAAGCUAUGUUUUCUUAGGGGAAAACCCAACAAAUCUAGCUUUUGUUUGUGAAGCUACACAAAUAUUUCAAGGAAUGUAAUAUUUAAAAGAUAUAUUGUCUUUUGGUAUUUGUGUGUAAUAAAAUAAUUUAAAUUUAAUAAA